AAUUGUACCAUUCCAUUCUUUCCAAAUUUUCUGAAAUUUGAUUGUCAGGUGUUAAAUGAUUUGUUUUAUUAAAUUUGAAUAUGAUUAAAUUAUUUUCUUUGAAACAACAGAAAAAAGAUGGUGAAACUGCUGGAAAAACGAGCACCCAAAAAAGAGCUUCAGCUGCGCAGCUGAGGAUUACGAAAGACAUUAAUGAACUAAAUCUCCCAAAAACAUGUCGGAUGGAAUUUCCAGAUCCUGACGAUCUUCUGAGUUUCAAGCUAAUUAUUUCUCCUGAUGAAGGGUUUUAUCGUGGAGGUUGUUUUAACUUCAGUUUUCGUGUAAGUCCAAAUUACCCUCAUGAGCCUCCAAAAGUAAAAUGUGAGACUAUGGUCUAUCAUCCAAACAUUGAUUUAGAAGGCAAUGUUUGUCUAAAUAUUUUAAGGGAGGAUUGGAAACCUGUUUUAACCAUAAAUUCUAUUGUUUAUGGAUUGCAAUAUUUAUUUUUGGAACCAAAUCCAGAAGAUCCCUUAAAUAAAGAUGCCGCUGAAGUGCUACAAAACAAUAGAAGAGUAUUUGAGCAAAAUGUACGAAAAGCUUUGGCAGGAGGAUAUGUAGGAUCAACAUAUUUUGAAAGGUGUUUAAAAUAGUGUAAAUUAUAAAAGACAUUAUUACAAUUGCUUCCACGUAUGUUGACAUAAGAGGAGUUUGUAAUUUUGGGUGUAAUGACAUUUUCCAUGUGUAUGCGAUUGGACUUACGAACAUUCAUUUAUUUAUCUAUGUAUUUUAGUGUUUAUUUUAUCAAUUUUAUGCAAGAGGCAUGUUAUUAUUUAUGUUAUGCAAAUACUUUGCUGUAAAUAACUUUCCACCUUAAAAGUCUUAAAAUGGUAUUAUAUAUUUAUGCAUAGUGUGUUCACCUUUAACCUGAAGGACGUAUAUUUUGCUACUUUUUAGUCCUCAGUAUAUACUUUUCAUUAUAGAAUUUGUCAAACAGAAGUGCAGAUUUGAGAUUUAAGAGAAAAGUAGCCAUACAAACUUUUUGUACAGUGCCCAGGUCCUUAAAAACAUUUGCGCCCUAAGUUGCCGAAGUGAAAAACAGUAUUUAUCCUUUACUAACAGAAUAUAUAUUCAUUUUAUGUUCUAUUGAGAAGUAAAUAUGAUCGUUAUAUUAUGAUACUUAAAAACACAGUUCAAAAGCUGGUAUGAUUCUGGGGAAAAAAUAUUAUUAGUAAGCUGCUCCUGAAAAUGUGUAAAUCACUAUUAAGUGUGAAAUGUUGUAUGUCACUAAAUAUCAAGUUUUAUUUCUUGAUGAAUUCUGGUCAUACUAACGUGAAAUACUUAUGUUUGGAUUGUUUUUAUGUUUGUGAUUUCCCUAAAUAUAAGUUAGGAUCUAGGUCCUGUAUGGAAACUUACAGAUUGUAUAUUUUAAAAAUUUUAAAUUUUUAAAUAUCUUGACUCUGCAUCUUGUUUUGACCAUUUUUGCAAUUGAAAGUAUACAACUAGGACAAAUGGUUACAAAAAAGGGGUUUUUCAGGUUAAAUAUGGAUAUGAUGUAUACAUGUGGACAUAUAUAUAUAUAUAUAUAAAUUUUUUUAUAAAUGUAACAGAAUAAAUCAUCAAUAUUGUAAAUUAUGCCUUCAAAUUUAAUUUAUUUUUCAAUCUUAAACAUUUAUUUAAAUGAAUAAUUUCCAAUUAAUUUUGUAGUUGUGGAGAAGUACUAAAAUAAAUUUUAUUCAUUAAAAUCCU